GUCUCCUAGCGAUUUCGAAUUUCAUAUUGUAUGUCAGAAUUUCCAUUGCCAAUUCCAUUUCUCGUUUGACAGAAAUCAACGAAGUGUACUAACUUCAGGGCGCUCCGUUUCGUCCCGGGCAAUGCCCUUUCAAUAUCGAAUUGUUUCCGAACGUAAGUGGACAUGAAAAUGGCGGAUCGCGUAGUAUCGCUCCGAAUUCGUUAUCUGUGAACUUUAACAUAAAUAUUUUUGAUUUUAUGUGAAAAUGUGAUAGUUAUGAAUUAAAACCUCUAGUGCAGUGGUCUUCUAUUGGUUUGAACCAUGUUUCGGACAGGGAUCGUAGCUUACGGCGUGAGAAACUGGAUAUUCUUGUGGCUGUCGCUACAUUUGUUUACAUACGUUCAAGGAGGAGAAGAGGAUCCCGGAGUGAGGUUCACGACGGAGCCAAGCGACGCAGUGGUCCUUCCCGGUGAAGAUGCGUUGCUUCUCUGCGCGGCUGCUUCCAAGCUGCCCGUGCGUCUGGCGUGGCGGUACAGCGCCAGUUCCCUGCCCACCAGAGACCACGGCGUCUCUAUUAGCGAUAAGUCCAGGAAGCAACUCCUCAACGGCUCCCUUCUGAUAGAGAGCAUGACAGCGUCCUUGGCGGGCCAGUACCAGUGUGUGGCCACCGUGGACGGUAUCGGUACCAUCGUCUCAAGAGCCGCCACCGUGUUCUUAGCUGAGGUGCCAGUGUUGUCGGGCACCCCGCGCAGCGUGCUGUCCGCGGUGGGGGGCGUGGCGCUGCUGCCGUGCGGGAUACAGGCCCCGCCGAGACUGGCCCUCAGAGUCGUGCCCGCCGCCAACACCGACAGGAGGGCGUACGGCGCCGCCAAGCUACUCAACACUCCGCCCCUCCUCAAACUCAAUGUGACCUGGUUAAAGAACGGCUCCCCGGUCCGCACGGAGAGCGCCCGCGUCUCCAUCACGCCCAGCGGAGCCUUGGAGAUAGAGCCGCUGCGGCACCACGACGCCGCCUCCUACAGAUGUCGUGUUUCUAUCACACCUCAUCUAUAUCGGGUAAGCGAUGAGAUAGAGCUACGCGUGAGUGCUGACACUCCCAACACGGAGGCGGCCCCCAGGUUCGUCGCGAUGCCGCAAUCCCUCACUGUCAUGGAAGGCGGCUCCGCGACCCUGGACUGCGCCGCCAUCGGGAACCCUAAACCAGAGAUCAUUUGGCUCAACAACGGAGUCGCUAUCGACUUAAGCGACCUGGACUCGCGGCUGUACCUGGUGGGGUCGGGCUCGCUGCGGCUGCGGGCGGCGCGCGCGGGGGACGCCGGCGCCUACACGUGCCGCGCCCACAGCCGCCUCGACUCCAGCGACCACACCGCGCACCUGCACGUGCUGACCCCGCCCCGGGUGUGGCUGCCGAGCGGCGCGGUGGGGGCGGCGCGGGCGCGCGGUGACGUCACGCUGCGGUGUGACGUCAGAGGGCGGCCGGCGCCCGCCGUGGCCUGGCUCAAGGACGGAGACCUGCUGACGCCGAACAACCACGACAUAGCGCUCUUGGACGGAUCGUCUCUUCGCAUACAAGGCGUGCUGAAUGUAGACUCUGGCAUGUUCCAAUGCUUCGCGACCUCCUCCGCCGGGUCGGCCACCGGCUCCCUGCGACUCGUGGUGCUGCCCCCGGACGACGAAUUCACUCCCAAACGUUCACAGGCACCACUAACCACAAGCAUAUCGUCUCGAUACGAUAACACAAAUUCGACUCAGGAUAUCUUCAACAGUUUGGUUUCUUCAGAUCCUUCACAGGAUUUCGAUUCAAACUUCCCCGAGGAUGUCGAUGACCCCGAUUUUUUGGGUGAAACAUCCUCGGCCUACACACUGACCCCCGAAUUGAAAUUAUAUGGAACUCCGGACCCAGAUCUAAUCGAAAAUUCUUUACACGCUGCUAAAGGAAUGGAUCUCGAUUUGCUUAAAAAGGGCAACGCGAGUAUAGUCUCUCCGCCGAGGGCGUUAAGGGCGGUUAUCGUGAAACAUAGAUUUGUGACCCUGAGUUGGGAUGAACCGGAACGCAAUAGCGGGGACGUGGUCGGGUACGCAGUCAUGUACAGGGUUAAGGGGAGCGAAAGAGAGCGAAUAUCCCGCGGAGGAGCACAGAAACAUGAGAUGAACAUAGCGUCACUACAACCGAACACGACCUAUCAAUUCGCGGUGGUCGCGUACACCGCGGGCGGGGCCUCGCCCCCCACCCAGAUCAUAGAAGUACACACUCCCGAGGAAGAGUUAACAUUCGGACCUCCGCUGUCGGUGACCGCUGAGGCCACCGGUCCCCACUCCGUGCGGGUGGCGUGGUCUCCCCCCGUGGCCCUGUCUCCUCCUGACAACUACACGCUGCUCUACACCGAAGUGGACACAGGUCGUGAACAGUAUCAGCUAGUUGAGGCGCCCCAGUCACAGCGGAUCACGGCCACCAUAUCCGGGCUCAGGGCCGCGACCCAGUACUCCAUUCAAGUGUCGGCGGCGGGCGGCGAGGCAGCCCCGGGGGUCACGGUGCACACCAGGGCCGACGCCCCCUCGGCGCCACCCGGGAACGUAACUGCCGUGUCCACGGGCUCCACGUCGAUCGUAGUCCGAUGGGACGCUCCCCCCUCCCGCUCCCACCGCGGCCCCCUGACCGGCUACAAGGUGCGGUACCGCCCCCUCCCCGCCGCACUGCCCGGGGGAGGGGGGAGCAGGAGGAAAGCAGACUCGCUCACCACUCCCGCCGACACCAGGAGAGCUGAACUUAGAGAUCUUGAUCCUUCCACUACAUAUCAAAUCCGCGUGUGCGCCAUCAACGCCAACGGGUCCGGCCCCUUCAGCGAGUGGGUGUCGGCGGGGACCGGCGCCGCCGCCCGCGACGACCUCGCCGUGCCCGCGCAGCCGCCGCCGCUCACCACUCGCGCGGGUCGCGACUGGAUCUCUGUGUGGUGGGAGGGGGGCGGAGCGGUGGGGGGCUACGUGCUGGGGUGGGGGGUGGGGGUGCCGGACGUCCGGACCAGAGACCUGCCGCCGCAUCUUCACUCAUACGUCAUCAGGGAACUCGAACCGAACUCAGAGUACGUGAUAUCUCUCCGCGCGAGUAACUCCCUGGGUCUCGGUCCCCCGGUGUACGCCACGGUCCGCACCCGGCCCCCCUCCCCCGACUACGGAGGGCUGGAGGGCGCGUUCGACGAGGGGGACGAGGACGAGGAGGACGACGAGGAGCCGGCGGAGAGCUCGCCGCUGAUCCCUCCCGUGGGACUGAAGGUCAUCAUGCUGAGCGGGACCACGGCCGUCGUCUACUGGACCGACCCCACUCUACCCAAGGGACAGGCGGCGACGGACGGGCGGCAGUACGUGGUGCGGUGGGGCAGCGCGGGGGGAGGGCGGCCGCGGACCUACAACGCCUCCGACCUCAACUGCAUGCUGGACGACCUCAGGCCCUACACCACCUACGAGUUCGCCGUCAAGCUCAUUAAAGGAGGCCGCGAGUCCGCGUGGUCGAUGCUGGUGAGCAACACGACGCUGGAGGCGCCGCCCGGCUCCCCGCCCCGCGACCCCCGCGCCGCCCCCGCCAGCCCCCCCGCGCGCGCCGCCGACGUCAGCUGGAGCCCCCCCGCCAAACCUAACGGGAUCAUCACAGGUUACGUAAUAAUGUACGCGGCCCAGAGUGCGGUGUCGGGCGGGGGGGCGGAGUGGAUCGCGGUGGGGGUCACGGGGGACCGCGCCCGCGUGCGCCUGGACCGGCUGCGGCCCCGCACCACGUACAGCAUCAAGCUGCAGGCCAGGAACAGCAAGGGACUGGGGCCCUUCUCGCAGACCAUCACCUACACCACCGCUAUGGAGACGGGGGAGGGCGGAGGGCUGGCGAGCGCCACGUCGGCGUGGCUGUGGGCGAGCGCGGGCGGCGCGUGCGCGGUGCUGGCCCUCGCCGCCGCGCUGGCGCUGUCGCUGUGCUGUCGCCGCUCGCAGCCGCCGCUGUCCCCGGACACCAGUACGUAUCAAAAGUCUUCUGCGUCGGCCGGCAUCAAGCCCCCGGACCUGUGGAUCCACCACGACCAGAUGGAACUUAAGCACAUGGAUAAGGGCAUACACGCGUCCGCCAGUAAGAUCUCGUCCGACAGCGUGGAGGGCUCGCUGUCCCUGCCCCGCUCGGCGCCGCGCCCCCCCGCCCCUCCCCCCGUGGAGUACGAGCCGGCGAGGGGGCUCCCCCCUCCCUCCUCGUUGGACCGCAGACACUACGUGCCCACCUAUGUCGAGAGUGGGGCUGCGUCGUGCACGAGCGGCAGUGAGGCGGCCUCCGUGAGCAGCUGCCGGAGGUGCGACCUCUGCGAGCUGUGCCAGCCCAUGACCGGGGUGGGGGCCGGGUGCACGGCGACGUGCGACCGGCGACAGCACCGCCCCCUGCCGGACCAGAGCACCCCGCUGGUGUCGGGCGUGGGGCCGCUGCUCUCCGCGCAGUCCUCGCUGGCGUCCCUGCAGCCGCCGCCGGCUCCAUGUGGUUCAGGCACGUGUCCGCUGGGCUCGGCGUGCACCGUGGUGGGGGGGGUCGGCGGGGGGCCGGCCCCGGGAGGAGGGGACAUCUACGCGUCCGCCGCCCGGGAGCGCGGACACUACGUAGCCUACGAGCCGCUGGGACACUACACGCAUAGGGACUCCAUUAGCAGUGAGGCGCCUGGAGGGGGGUCGCUGCGGCGAGGAGCCGGAGGCAGCGUGGCGGGGCCCGUGGGGGGGCCGGGGGGCGUGGUGGGCAGCAUUGGGGGGCCGGGGGGUCUGCACAGCUUCGCGCUCGACGCCACCUCGGAGCACUCUACACCUGCACACUCGCACUCCAGAGGCAGCGUGAGAGAGACGUCUCCGUACAAGAAGAGCGCGGGCUCCUCCCCCGGACACAUCCCCAACCGCCUGCAGCUGGGAGGAAACGUGAGCCACUGUCCCGAGGAACUGGAGCCCCUGACCCCCUCGCGCUCCACCGAGAGGCUGAACCGGGAGAUGCAGAACCUCGAGGGUCUGAUGAAGGAUCUGUCUGCCAUCACCCAGCACCAGUUCCACUGCUAGUGCAGACCUCGCCGCUGUUACUGCGAUGUAUGUCCACACUGCGGCGAUUACACUUGUUACUGACGGCCCCCCUACGCGGGGUCGCUUUAUGGGGUGGGUCCCCGAUGUAUAGAUGAGAGAUCGGUCCCCCGAAACAAACACGUUGUUAAAUGAGUCAAGUAAUUAGUAAAUUAUUGUUGGGGUGAUAUGAGCGUUAUAGUGCCCCCCCUCCCCGCCCCCCCGCAGCGCGUGUCGGUGUCCCGGCGUGAGUGUAGACAGUGCAGUGGUAAUGUCGCGCGGGACACUUCACACGAAGCACUAACAAUAUGUGGUACAGUGCGCCGGAGGAUAUAAUGAGUGUUGCAGCUCGGACUACGGGAGGGGCUCCCCCCUGCGGGAGUGGGUGACGUCAUCGCUCCAGGGAUCUCUCUGUCUGUGAAAUUACGUCACAUAGGAUAUAAGUAAAGGAUGUAAAUCGUAACUUGAUCUCCAAGUGUGAGACGUCCGCUUGAAGCUCAGCGUCGACGGUCCCUGCGGCCUAUACCAGGGGGGACCGGCGCGACCCCUCGCGGGCACGUCCACCGGGCAACAAGCAUGUUGAAGAAGCGGAGUCUCAACAUUAAAAUCUUUGUAUUUUAAUUAAAACUACUUCUUCAAAAUACUAAAAUUGUAUUAGUGGGCUUAAUGGAUAUGUUUGACGUGGAGAGGUCGCUCACUGCGAGAACACUCGAAGCGCACACGAUAUACGAGCACACAGGACUGUCGGUGCUGUCCGUAGUGGUGGUCAGUAGUGGCAGUAUCUACACAUAUAAAUAAAAUUGGAGUGUCUGUUUGUAAAUAUUGAAAUAACCGCUUUUUACUACAUGCAUAUAAAUAUAUACAUAUACGGUACUUAUACCAAAAUAACAUUUUUUACAAUUUUUGUCUGUUUGUUUGUUCCGGCUAAUCUCUGGAACGGAUGAACCGAUUUUCACGAGACUCUCACUAAUAGGUAGUUGAUGAUAUAAGGAGUAACUUAGGCUACUUUUUUUAGACAAGCUUCGCCCCGCGGCGUCACCCGCGGUACGACAAUAACUGCGGGUAACAUCGCAGGACUCAGCUAUGAAUAAUAAAAUUUAAUGUCUCCGAAGCGAAGCGAAGGCGGGUCGCUAGUUAUAAAUAAUAAUAUCAUUAAGUUAAUUACAACACAAACACAGAACACUUUAUUAUAAUUUUAUAGAACUUAUAACGAAUUAAAACUAUCCCAAUUUAAGGUGUAUAGUUUGUAAUGAUGUCGAUGUAAGGUAUAGUUCGAUGAUGCUAUCCCGACUGAAGGACUGCCUCCUUUCUUGAAGCUUCGUGGUCGCCGGCGGAGUCUCUGCCGCUCCCCCCAUGCCCCCCCCCGACCCACGAGGAGAACAUAUAGAGAUGUGCGCGUUAUAAACUGAAUUAUUUUCAAAGUUUUAUUUAUUAUUUCUGUAACAAGUGGAGUUGGUGAGUGAUGAUCUCUUUACAGAUCCCGUUUCAUACAACUAUUUAUUAAUUAAAGAAUAUUGUUUUUGAAGUGAAACUUCUUUAGGAUCGUUGUGAUUUGAAACUCGAUGAAACGAAAAAAUAAGACCAUAGAGACACAAACACAUAAAUGUACAGGAUUCAGCCGGCGAGAGAAUGAGAUAGAACACAUCAGACGUUCUCGCUCUCCUCUUCGUAGCAUCCCCACUGUCGUCUACUGAACAUUGUCCAUAUAUACGCUCCUGUGUAGUGGGAUAGUCAGUAUAUUUAUAUCUUAUUUAUAAAUUUCACUUCUACCGUGUGUGACUUGCACACACAGACACCCUUUUUUUUUUUAAACUACCAUUAAAACCUUAUCUCAUUACUUGCUACGCUUAUUAGUUGGUGAGCAGGUUCUCAGUUAGCUCAGACGAACGGGAAGGCCGAAAUAAGUCGUCAGAUUUCCUGACGUCAAUGGGGGGGCGAGUGUACUCUGGCACCAGCGUCCUCGGGCGUUACCAACUCAACGUCUUGUACAUAUCGGUGAAUACUAUAUAUAAACUGCCGUGGACACGAGGGCCCGCCGCCGCCCGCUUAGACUAGGUCGGUACAGGGGACCAUCAUCUCUCGUGCUGUUUCAUUUUACGAAAAUGUCCUUGUUGGAGCACGUGCGGCGGAGCCCUCGGACGGAGACAUUAACAAUCACUCUUCUAAUAGAGGCAGAAUUGUUUUGAAAGAACUAUCUGUAAUACAAAAAAUAUAAAAAAUGUAGAUCACUUUGUAAUAAUUUAAUACUUUAUAUACAAUCGUGUCUUAAAGCUUCCCUUUUGAGAAACAUUAAAAGUAAUUCUCUCACCAAUGAAAUCGAUACAUUAUGUACAUAAUAAUAUGUUAGUUCCGCGCGCGUCUUCCUAUGGCCACCGCGACUACUGCGAUAAACUGAUAUUUAAUUAAUAAUUACAUUCCUGCUGCACUGCUUCAUCUUUAUGUUUGUCUUGUUGCGCUCACGGAUGCUCACAGACAAGUAGUUGGUGGUAUAUUAACAUUGUCUAGUUGGUACUUGUACAUUUUAUAAAAAAUAAUAACAUAAUAUGAAAUAAAAGACUUGUAUAUAAAUAAAUUUAGAUUACUUAAUAAAUUUAGUUAUUUAACAAAUUUUAUAAAAUAAAUUAAUGUUUAAUAAACACCAUUUUGACCUUUUAUAUUGUAAACUUUUUAUUAAAAUUUUAUAAAUACGUAUAUUAAAUUAAAAAAUAAUUGAAUAAAGUUAAAAUAACUGCCAUUAAUAUUAAGCCUAAAUUAAUGACUGAUUUUUAUUAUUUGUAUUUUUCAAAUUUUACUACGUAAUAGUAUUAUUAUGAUUGUUUAUUGAAAGUAACAAAGUAACACACGGCACAGUCUCGCGGGCUCACUCGCCUGCAACUUCUUCAACUCUACUGUUACUCAUUAUCUACAUAAUAUCGAGGGCUGAAACACUGUUUUGCUUAUGUAGCAUCUUUGAAACUUCACAAGAGAGUCAUUUGAAGUUUAAAAUUUGGAAAAUAUAUCAUAACAAAAAAAAACAUCCUCAGCUAUUCCAAUGGAAUAAACAUAAUUGUAGUUCUAUUAAAAACAUCGAACUGUUGAUGCUAAUAUCAGAUAAAACGCACUUUUAAUUACAAAGGUAAAUGUCAGGUAAGCGAAAUGUACCUUAAACCCUUCGAUAUAACAUUAUCUAUUUACACUUUUCAUUUUCUUGGAACUGUGUGCUUAGUGCGAGUUUUUUAACGUACUCGAUAACGUAAAAGUUAGCUCAUAUUUGUAUGGAAUGGGAAAGUUUGCGUACGUUUGCCGCUAGGGGCGCUGUUCCAACUGCAUACAAAAUUGAGUUAACUUUUACGCUAUCGAGAACGUUAACAAACUCGCACUAAGCACACUGAACUCACAACGGUCACAAUGAAAAGUGCAUACGUCGUGUACAUUGUCUGAAACAACUUCAAUUCUUUUUCCUUUCAAAUGAAAACGACUGAAUAAGACUCGCAGCCUUCUGUAUAAGCGGCAGCGGAUUAUCUUUGUAUACAAUAUUACCUUAAUAUUGUAUAUUCAGAUACAGGAUUCAGAUAUAAUUAUUAAGCUAUUGCAUAGCUUUUAUCGUGGGCCUUGAGCGCGACGACCGAAUCAUGAAAUUCCGUAACGAAAAAAACCUAACACCCCUCACUCCGUCUACCAUGUAGCGAGCUCAACACAUUCACACGUUGCGCUUGUGUAAUGUUUGUGAAUAAGCGCGUGGCGUGACGUCACACUGCAUGCGCAUCAUGAAAAGUCUGCCCAUCUCUCUCUCGCGCGGUCUAGCUUAUGAGUGUGAAGGGGACAGUUAAGGUUUUGCUUUUAUUAAUGUUUAAUAUAGCGUGGUCUUGUUUUAUUAUUGUUUUAAUAUUAAAUUAUCAUUGUCUAAUUACAAUUGCAUAAGUUGAUAAAAAAUGCUAUGCAAUAGCUUUAGCGCGGCAGUUCCCGAGUGCCCCACUUUUUUUUUUAAUUAUUGUUAAACUCUUGUACUACGGUACUCAAUAGUCCAAUAUUCUCAACGGAGUUGUCCUCGUCGCUCGUUCCUUGCUCCUCAAACGUGUAAAAGGGACAACACGAUAACGAAGGUCGCAGUAGAAACAAAAUAACGAACCGUUUACUAAUAGAGGAUAUGUACUGAAGAGUAUUUAAACUUAAACGAAUUGUAAGAUAAAAACAAAUUUUUGAUAAAAUAUUUAAUUGUAUAAAUAUUUGUAAAUUUACUGUUUAUUCGUAUUUAUUAAUUAUUCAGCUUAUUUUCCUUCGUAAUUGUAUAAAAUGAUGAAAUGUAUAAAAAAAUAUAAAAUUUGAUGAGAAAAAUUAACUUAGCUAAGUAAUAAUGUUUGGCGGACGCCCCCUCCCCCGGGCGGGUCUGCGAGCCCUCAGUCGACGGUAAUGCUGCAAUUAGUAAAUUAAAAAUAGCACACCACUUCUUUCUUUUCUCAUCAAAUUUAUUUACCACAAACUUGGUUUGGGAAUAAACGAUUGUAACGUGUAAAUAAUUGUUUAAUACCGUAUUUAAUGUUUAUUAGGCUGUAAGUAGGCGAACACCGACCAACAACGCACGUGCAUUGAUAGUAUUGUGUAGUAAACACGGUCGCGACUUGCAACGGGACGGUCGGACACGUCCGCCCCGCUAUCGCUUCUGGCUCAUACCCGCUCGCAACGAAACCCCGAGCGAGUCAAAGGACAAUGACCCGUCAUCCCAAAGCUCUGAUUAGCUAGAUUGUUAUUCUUUUAUUAAAUGUGACAUGGCCGGUGGUGAUCGACAACAGAAGUGCGGUUCGCAGAUCAGAGUGAACGCUAAACGCUCGUGAAAAUUAGCUAUGAUCGCGGCAGUUGUACAAAAUAAUAACAAUCCGCGAGCGGGGAGCACGGAGCGGGGUGCGGGGAGCGCUCGUCCUCACUCGAGACGGCUCCAAGUACAUACGAGCGAUCUUUGUAAGAUUAACAACGUAUAAUUUUCGAUUGAGUCCCUUGACUCGAGCGAUAUGCGAGCGACACACAACUCGACACCGCCGCCGCCCCGUCAACUGACGUUUAGUAUUCACACGUCACAUGUCACAUGUCACACGUCACGCGUCACACGUCACACGUCACGCGUCACGCGAGUGGCCGCGACUCGAGGGAUCGCCGUUUGCUUUCAAGUUGUGGUCGGCGCGCGGACGGUACGAACCUCCCUCUUGCACAUUAUUUAACAAUAGCGUAACGAUUAUAUUACAACUACCUGUUUUUGUGUAUUCUUUACUUUUAGUUUUAAGCUAAAUUAGAAUGAUUUCGUUUUGGGUCUUGUGAUUUUGUAAGUUAGUUUUGGCGUAAACAAAUAUGGACAUGUAGGUAGGUCCUCCGCUGGCGCCCGGCGCGACCGGCAGUCCGGCUCUUGUUGUUGCAUAUAUCCGGGAGAAGGGCUCAGGGGUGUUGGGUCGUCACCAGAGUGCGCAGGCGUGGGGCGUGAUGCUCUUGAGACGUGAGGUUUACAUCUCAACUGUGUAGUCACUUUAACAACUUGCACAUACGGUGCAAUAACGUCACUUAUGCAAUUUUUUUAUUUUAUUAGGAGAAAAAUUCAACAUUUUAUAUAGUUCUGCUCGGCUAUAGAAAUAAAAUUAUAAUAUUUAAACUACAACUUUAAACUUCAUCAGUAAAAACAAACAUAUCGCUCGUCUCACUGAUAACUAUUAAAAAAAAUUCUCAUACUCAGUUCAGUGUUAAGUUGCUUAUGUGACUUUACAGCACCGUAUGUGCGAACUGUCCAAGCAACUAUACAACUAUAUAGGCAGCUUUAGCGCACAUACAUCUAAAUGCAAUAGUCAAACACGCCGUCCGCCUCAUGCGUCAAUCCUCAGGCCUCACGCCUCCACAGCCGCCACGUUCGGGUCAGUGCGCAGACCUCACAGCCGGUGGAGUCACCGACUUGGGGUAUCGCUUGUCCCGGCGAGACCUUCGCUCAUUAUCCGGCUUCAAAAACGUAUUUUGUAAUGAAACCAAAGCUUCAGUUAAAACUUUCUACUGUUGAGAACGAUUGGCAGACCCGAGCAAUCCUGAUCCUAAUCAUUGUUUUGCAAUUUUCGAUGAAAACGGGGUUUUCCUUCCUACAGUCUAUUUGUUUACGCAAUUGUAACUUACCUACUGGAAAUUCCCACCAAAAAGAGACUGUUUUAACUCCAAAUUUAAGUAUGCUGUAUAAAUAUUUAUGUUUAUGUUUUUUCGUAUAUUUUAACAUUAUGUGAUAUAACAGAGUCGUGCCACUGUCGUGGUGUUGCCAUAAUAUGUACAAUUAAAAGAAUACUUAUGAAAUAUAA